CCAGCUGCUGGGCUGAACCUCUUUGAAGGAGACAUUUUACUGCCCAGAAGCCGUAGCGUGUUAAGAGACGAGAAUCUCCUGUGGAAACUUCCCAUCCCCUUCAUCUUGCACAACAACCUGGAUCUCAAUGCCAAAGGGGUAAUCCUCAGAGCAUUUGAAGGAUUCAGCUUAAAGUCAUGUGUGCAAUUUAAACCUUAUGAAGGAGAGAGCUCGUUUAUAAGAUUUCAAAAGUCUGAAGGGUGCUGGUCCGCACUUGGAGAUACAAAGACAGGCCAAAACCUUUCUGUCGGUGACGGAUGUGAUAACAAAGCCAUUGUGUCACAUGAAAUCUUACAUGCUCUGGGAUUCUAUCAUGAACAGGCAAGGCCAGACCGGGAUGAUUAUAUUAAAAUCUGGUGGGAUCGCAUCGUUCCAGAUCAAUCCUUCAACUUCCAGAAAUACAGCAGCGACGUUCUCAACGACUUGAAUACUCCCUACGAUUAUGAGUCCAUUAUGCACUACGGUCCGUUCUCCUUUACUCAAAACAAGAGUUUGCCGACGGUUACUGCCAACAUACCUGAAUUUACUGGUAUUAUUGGUCAACGCCUGGAUUUCAGCAGCACCGACCUUCGGCGACUCAAUCAGAUGUAUAACUGCACAAGACCGCUCACACUUCUGGACCAAUGCAAUUUUGAGUCAGCUGAUAUUUGUGGCCUGGUUCAGGAAACCGGAGAUGACGGCAACUGGAUUCAUGAGAAGAGCAACUUUAAGGAUAACGAUCACACACUUGGCGGAGUGUGUAAAGAUGGUGGCUACUUCAUGUUCUUUGACACCAGCUCUGGGAAGGCAGGAGAAACGGCCAUCUUGAAAUCUCGCGUUCUGAAACCAAGGAGGAUCCAGCAAUGUCUCCAGUUCUUCUUUAAAAUGACUGGAAGCGCUGAAGACAGGCUUGUCAUCUGGGUAAUGAAGGAUGAUGGCUCCGGAACUGUUCGCAGUCUGUUUAGACUUCAAGCUCUUCAAGGAGAAAAUGAUAAGAACUGGAAAAUUGCCCAUGUGCCCCUAAAAGGUCAAGAAAAGUUCCGGUAUCUCUUCCAAGGGCAAAAGGGUGUCACCAAUCAUUCAUCUGGAGGAAUUCUCAUCGAUGACAUCACCCUCAGCGAAACCCAGUGCCCGAAUGCUGUGUGGCGUAUUGAUAACUUCUCUCAUCUCCUCGACACCGCUGCUCUGGGUCAUACCGUGCUGAGUCCCCGUUUUUAUAGCCCCGAAGGUUACGGUUAUGCUGUAGCUGUAACUCCCAGACUCUUGGGGAGUUCGGACUCUGAAACCUGCACCAGCAUUUCUUUUCACUUGACCAGCGGAGAGAACGAUGGUGUCCUUGAAUGGCCGGCACUGAACAGACAAGCUACCAUCACUGUACUGGACCAACAUGCUGAUGUUAGGAAGCGUCUGUCCAUAGAAAGGAGCUUCACAACGGAUGAGACUCAGGUGCUGAAAGGAGAAAAUAAUACUUCCAGGUGGGGAAGUCCCUCUAGUCUUGGAAAAUUUGAUCCUGAAUGCAACUGUAGCAGAGGUGAAGGCUGGGGAUGGAGAAAAUUCGCCACGCAUGAACAGCUAAGACAAAGGAAUUAUCUGAAAAACGAUGCCCUUGUCGUCCUUGUAGACUUUGAAGAUUUAACGUAUCUCAAGAACUCUGAACAAUCCUGUCUGAAAACCUGGCACCUCUCUCAUAAACCCCCUCCAGCUCGGAGGAAAAGAUCGGCCCCACAGGAAGAUAUGCUGACCACACCAAAUGUGCUGCAAGCAAAAUAUUCUUCUACACGGGCGGGAGAUGCCAAGCAAUGCAUAUUAAUUGGCGCAUCCUCGGAAUGCUGGUUAGCGUAG